AUGUCUCGAAAAAUAGAGUUUUGUCCGGCAGGUCAUUCUUCUGUAGAUUUCGUUUAUUCUGAUCGCAAGAAUUACAUUUGUUCCGGUGAAAGAUGUGAUUUGUGUACUAUAGAACAUUUUGUCCAAGAAUUUAAAACUUGGUCUAUAAAAAGGGAUUGGAAUUUUAUCAAACAGGAUUGGGAAUAUCAUCUAAUAGGCCACAAAGUUUCUUUGAAAGAAAUAAAAGGUUCUGGAUAUGAUAUAGCUGAAUUUCUUAAAGUGGCAACGACUAUUCAUGAAUAUUAUGAAUAUAUUUCGAAAUAUUAUGGAAUUUCGAAAAAUCCUUCUACACAAAAUUACAUUAUUGUUAUGGAUUUAUUUGAUGGUGACUUAAAUAAUUUUAUAACCAAUAAAUUUUGGGAUUUAGGAUGGGAAUCAAAAAUAGACAUAUUAUUAUCAAUAACAUGGGGUCUUGGAAGCUUACAUGAAAAAGAUUUUAUUCAUAGUGACCUUCAUAGUGGAAAUAUUUUGAUAAACGAUAACGAUGAUUUCGAUCUUUACAAUUUUGACUUAAGAAUUGAUUUAGAUUCAUUGGAUAAUAAUGUUAUGCGACAGCUUAAGGUUGCUAAUGAAAAUCUAAAAAAUAUAUCAAAAUCUCAAAAGCAAGAAUUAUUUGAAUUAUUUUUAUAUUCAAGUAAGUUACAUCCUCAAUCAUGUUACUUUAGCAGAUAUAUUCAUACUCUUCAUGUAUUACAUGAUUUAUUGGAUGAAAUAAAAUCUGGAAAAUCUUCAG